AUGACACGGAACAACCUUCUUUUUUUCUGCUUCGGGUCCGUGGCGGCCGCGGCUUCCGGUCCAUGGCGCCUCCUCCCGCGCUCGGACGGCUUUACCGCGGUCCGCCUCGCGGCUACGACGACGCCCGAGUGCUACUCGGUCGACGGCGUCAACUGCACGACCGAAACCAGCAUUUGGCUCUGGCCCUCGCAGCUCGCCAGUCCGAACGCGACAAAAUCCGUGGGCUGCCCUCUCGACAACGCCGGCCUCUGGGGCAGCGGCGGCUGGUGCGCCACGGCCAAUGCCUCGCUGCACAGCGCCGCCGAGAGCAGCAGCAACAUGGUCUGCAACACCAGCGGCAACACGAUCCUCGCACUGCGCAAGAUCGACGACAACACGACCCACUGCCUUCCUUCGUUUGACGAAGCAGAACCGCUGCACGUACUGCGAAACACUCUGUGGAGCGUCGUGCUUGAGCGUGCAGACGGUCGUCGUCACAACGAGCGUCGUGUGGACCGUUGCGAGCGUCGUUGGCGUCUUGUCGUCCAUGGUGAUUGCCCAACGCUACUACAUCUCUGCGUUACGGCCAGCGGUCCGAGCGAGCGUGGAUGGAACGAUGCGAGCGAGCUUGGACGACACAGUCCUCUCAAGCCGCUGUGACUCGUGCACGUCGCCAAGCGCAUUUCGAGAAUUCCCGACCCCGUAAGAUAAUAGUGCGCGAUGUUAGGACACUAGGAUUUAUGUAGGCGACAAUAAUAUUAUUUUAAUGUGGACAAUGUUGCACUCGC